UCCUCUCUCUCUCUCGGCCUUUUAUUCCCCUCGCAUUUUCUCCGGCGAUACGCUCACAUCGGAGAAUCCUGCCGGCGAUUAGAUGGCGGUGGCGUCGAUCUCCGCGACGCUCUCAUUCCUAAUUUAUUUCUCUCUUCCCUGUUCAAAUGCGGCUUCUGGUGAAAACAUCCUCCACCAAUCUCUUCCCGGCGCUAGAUCACCUCGUCCCAUGGUGUUCCCUCUGUUUCUCUCUCAAGCCAAUUCGACGAGAUCCGUGUCUAUUCACCAUCGGAAACUCCACAAUACCGACUCAAAAUCACUGCCUCACUCUCGCAUGAGACUCUACGACGAUCUUCUUCUCAACGGGUAUUAUACGACGCGGCUUUGGAUUGGUACGCCACCACAGAUGUUUGCUCUUAUAGUGGAUUCUGGAAGUACUGUUACUUAUGUUCCUUGUUCUGACUGUGAACAGUGUGGCAAACACCAGGACCCAAAAUUUCAGCCGGAAAUGUCUAGCACCUAUCAGCCUGUGAAGUGUAACAUGGAUUGUAACUGUGAUGAUGAUAAGGAACAAUGUGUUUACGAGAGAGAGUAUGCUGAACACAGCAGUAGCAAAGGUGUGCUUGGUGAAGAUCUAAUAUCGUUUGGCAAUGAAAGCCAGCUAACACCUCAGCGAGCUGUUUUCGGCUGUGAGACCGUGGAAACCGGUGAUCUCUACAGUCAACGCGCUGAUGGCAUUAUUGGAUUAGGCCAGGGUGAUCUCAGUCUUGUGGAUCAGUUGGUGGAUAAAGGUUUGAUAAGCAACUCUUUUGGUUUGUGUUAUGGAGGGAUGGAUAUUGGUGGAGGCUCGAUGGUUCUUGGGGGUUUCACUUACCCAGCUGAUAUGGUAUUCACUGACUCGGACCCUGAUCGUAGUCCAUAUUACAAUAUAGAUUUGACGGGGAUACGCGUUGCUGGGAAGCAGUUGUCACUGAACUCGAGAGUCUUUGACGGAGAACAUGGCGCUGUUUUAGACAGUGGUACAACUUAUGCUUAUCUCCCAGACGCAGCAUUUGCAGCAUUUGAGGAAGCUGUUAUGAAAGAAGUUUCCCCAUUAAAGCAGAUUGAUGGCCCUGAUCCAAAUUUUAAAGAUACUUGCUUUCAUGUUGCUCCAAGUAACGAUGUCUCAGGACUUUCAAAAAUAUUCCCAUCAGUCGAGAUGAUGUUCAAGAGUGGGCAAUCAUGGCUCUUGUCCCCUGAAAAUUACUUGUUCCGACAUUCCAAGGUGCACGGCGCAUAUUGUCUUGGUGUAUUCCCAAAUGGAAAAGAUCAUACAACUCUUUUAGGAGGAAUUGUGGUUCGCAACACACUUGUUGUGUAUGAUCGUGAGAAUUCUAAGGUCGGAUUCUGGAGAACCAAUUGUUCAGAGUUAUCGGAUAGGCUUCAUAUAGACGGUGCACCACCACCUGCCAUUUUACCUUCAAAUGAUUCAAAACCAUCUCUCAAUACAUCAAGCAAUCUCCCAGGGGAGAGUCAAUUUGGUCAAAUAAACCUUGAUAUUCAACUAACAGUCAAUACGUCAUAUCUGAAACCUCGCAUUGAAGAGCUCUCCAAUUUGUUCUCGAAGGAGCUCGAUGUCAAAUCUUCACAGGUUUCUUUAUCGAAUCUCACCUCCAAAGGAAACAACUCUCUCAUCAGAAUAGUUCUUGUCCCUACUGAAACUUCUAAUUUGUUUUCAAAUGAGACAGCUACGAGUAUAGUUUCUCGGUUUACCAAUCAUCAAAUCCAGCUGCCUGACAUAUUCGGAAACUAUGAGCUUGUUAAUUACAGUCUCGAGCCUCAAAGAAAACGGACAAGGUGGCAGAUGAAGAACAUCAUUGUCGUGACAGCAAUUGGGAGCAUCAGUGUAAUUGUUGGGUUAUUAGCUUAUGGAGUUUGGUCUAUGUGGAAACGCAAACAAACAUCGAAUCCAUAUAAACCUGUCGAUGAUGAAGCUACCAUAGUCGCGGAGCAAGAACUGCAACCUAUAUAAACAUCUAGUAGUAAAUAAAGUCACCUUAUGUUUUAUCUUUAUUGGUUAGUAAAUAAUGCCUCUUAUUUUUUAUGAAACUUUUAUAUGCUUUUUCAUUAGUUUUUACCCAUGUUGUUUUUUAUUUUUCUGUCUCAUCAAUCAUAAUAUAGUCAUUUGUAAAAGAUCAUAUAGUGCAUGAACA